GUUUGUGAUCCCCGCCGAACAUGUGUGCCCCCCUCGGGGUAUUUGUGACUAAUGGCGGGUAUGUGAGCCCCACAGGUACCAGUGUCCCCACUGAGGAGGUAUCUGUGAUCCUGACGGGGUGUCUGCUCCUUUGGGGGCAACUGUCAUGCAUGGGUGGGGGUAUCUGUCAUCUGUGAGGGGUGUAACUUCCCAUCCCCUCAGGGCAUCUGCGAUCCCCGGGGCGUGUCUGCCCCCCAUCACCUGUGACCUUGGAAGUAUCUGUCCCUUACAGGGUAUCUUCCCUCCCUGUUCGCCCGCCCCGAGGCAUGUCUCACUCUGGAGCGUUUCUGUCCCUCCCGAGCCACAGGUGACAGCUCUCCCGCAGGGUAUCUGCUCCCCGCUCCAUGGGGCAUCUGUGAUCCCCUGGAGUACCUGCAAUUCAAUGAGGAGUUCUUGCCUAUACCCUGUGGCCAUCUGUGACCCCGCGGGGGGUACCUGUCCCUGCCAGCAGCAUCUCUUACCCACUGUGGUGUUCCCCCCCAGUCACUCACAGGGACCCUGUGGUGUUGGGGGGCCAGGUACUGCCCCUUGUGCUGGUGUCAGCGAGUCAGGCCACCUCCCACAGGAGGGAAAGAAAAACAGCCGUAAGCGGAUUUUGGCUGAUGCUCGUCCCAGCCUGGCGCCAGGAAGAUGAAUCCCAGCUGCACGCGGGGCUGAUGAGGGCCAGGAUGGGCACGAGUGUCAAUCCAGGACACAGUGGGGUGCCAGGGCGGGGUGCACUGUCUCCUCCGCGCCCUCAGUGCUGCCCAAUCCGCUGCAUUCCCGCGUCCCGUGAUCAGCGGCCACGGGUUGUGCUGCACCACGACCUUUGAGAUGAGCUGUGCUCGUCCCAUGGCACCUGGAGCCCAGCUGCCCCCCAGGUAAGAGCCCCGGCCCCCGGGCACCCCCAGGUAAGAUCCUUGACCCUGUUGUCGGUGGUCGUGGCAGUGACCAUGUGCUGCUGUGCUUCCACAUGCACAGUGGGGGACUUUGUCCCUGCUGUCACUGCGUCUCUCAGUGCUGCUGUCCUGACCUGCUGUCGCCCUGGCAGAGCGAUGGCAGCGGUGUUGGCUCUGCUGGUGGCCUGGCCAGCUGCUGCCGCAGCAGUGAGGGUGACACAGGACUCGCUGCUCAAUGUCUGCAUGGAUGCCAAGCACCAUAAAACAGAGCCUGGCCCUGAGGGGCAGCUCUACGGGCAGUGUGUCCUCUGGAAGGACAAUGCCUGCUGCACUGCCAACACCAGUUUGGAAGCUCACCGGGACCAGUCCUACCUGUACAACUUCAACUGGGACCACUGUGGGGCCAUGCCAGAGAAGUGCAAGCGUCACUUCAUCCAGGACACGUGUCUCUAUGAGUGUUCCCCUAACCUGGGGCCAUGGAUCGACCAGGUAGGUGCAGACCCCACCCUCACCCACCCACCAGGAUGCCAGGGCUGGCGGAAGGAGCGGAUCCGGGAUGUGCCACUGUGCCAAGAGGACUGCGAGCAGUGGUGGGAAGAUUGCCAGGAUGCUGUCACCUGCAAGGUCAAUUGGCACAAGGGCUGGAACUGGACUACAGGCACCAACCAGUGUCCCAAGGGUGCCAUGUGCCAGAAGUUCAAGUUUGUGUUCCCCACGGCGGCUGCACUCUGCGAGCAGGUCUGGUCUGGCUCCUACCGCUACACAUCCCACCACCGUGGCAGCGGUCACUGCAUCCAGAUGUGGUUCGAUCCCACGCAGGGGAACCCCAAUGUUGCCGUCGCCCAGUAUUAUGCCCAUGGCGAUGCUCCCCCAAACUCCCUGCUCUCUAUCCUGCUGUCCCUGCUGCCCCUCACCCUACUGGCCCUGCUCUGAGCAGGAGGGGCUGCAGGCAGGAGCAGGCAGUAGAUGGUCGGGGGGGGGUCCACAGGCUGCCUUGUGCCUCCUCAUGGGAUGUCCCCAAGCUGUGUCCCCCCUCGAGGCGUGUGGGUCAUGAAUAAAUGCUCCUGCCCUGCUUGGUCUUGGGGUGUUGUGUGAUGGUUGGGGGGGCAGUAGGAUGGUUGAGGGACCUAGGGGUGUCUGCUUGUCCCAUCCUGCUUCUGGUGGGGAGAUGAAGCAGACAUCACUCCUAUUCAUUUGUACCGAUCAACCUGGCUACCCAGCACUGCCUCCCCCAAACCACUGUACUGGGCAAAGCACAAGGCACAGGGCUGCCUGCCACAGGGGCCCAGGAGGAUGGGGUCGCUGAAUGUGUCCUAGCACCUGACACGGCUCCAGGGCCCCGGGUGUCACUGACACUCUGGGGUGCACAGGAUGAGACUGGGAAAAUUAUGGGGAAAAAGGGGAGGAUACCCCUGGGACCCUGAGGUGGGAGCGUGGUUAUCAAGGGAGUUCCGCCGGCCCAGAGCCCACCCCAGUUGUCUCUUUUCCCCCCACAUGCUCCGUGUUUCCAGCUGUGGGGUGGCAUCGUUCCGAUCCCUGGCCCAUGGAGAAGUCCCCGGUUUUGGUGGCGAAACCGGGUCGCGCCUCCCACUUCUUCAGCCCCCGGACCCAGCCCUGCCCCACCGUGGCCCCCCUUUCCCCGGUGCCCGGCUCCCCGGUACCUUCACACCGCCGGUGCCUUCAUACCACCGUGCCCUCGCUCCUCCCUUCGGUAUGCCCCUGGGUGCUCCCCUGGUGCCCCUAUCUCUCCAAGUGCUUUCCCCCUCCCAGGUGCUCCUCGCCCCGGUGCUCUUCAUCCUCCCGGUGCUCCCCACUGCUGCUGCCCGCUACCCGGUGCUCUCCGCCCCUCGGUGCCGCUGCCCCUCGAUCAGACCCCCGAUGCCCCCCUGAUCAUCCUACUCAUGGCCCCUGAUCUGUCCCGGUGCCUCUCAGGUGCGCCCCCCAGGAUCUCACCAAUGCUCCCCAGUUACCUCACUGGUGCUCCCCCAAGCUCUCCCUGCUGCUCCCCCAGGAUCCCCGCGGGUCCCCUCCGGUGCCCCUCUCGACUCCUGCGUGUUCCAUUCCGUGAUCGCCUCUCACGGUGGCCA